AUGGUAGGAAAUGAAACCGAAUGUGGAAACAGCUGGAAUGUUUCUGUAAUGCAUUGUGAUGGAUACAAUGUUGCACAUCUGAAAUCAUUGUAUUCUAUGACGGAUUGUGGCAGAUAUUGUAUGGAAUACACCAAUGAUCCCUGUUCUAACUACAGCGUUAUAGACUAUGAUUUCACAAGACAUCAAGACUACUUCGACCAUUCAUACAACUGUGAUGACUUUUGGUCAGGAGGGUGGUAUUAUUUUGAAGGUGGUUAUAACUUAUCAACAACUCCGGCCAAGUCCGGUCAUUGUGGAUCAUAUUAUCCAAUUUGGAUCAAUGAAACGAUAGAACAAACAGUUGACACAGAUCUGGUAUAUCUUAGAGCAUGUGAAGGUUAUUCGGGCAAAUGUGACUACACCUGGAGCAUACCCACGAUGAAAUGUGGAAGUAAAAAUAUUAUGUAUCUUAGACAGAAAGGAAUGUGUGGACGAUAUUGUCUAGGUUGGCAUUAA